AUGAAAGGCACGGAAAAGUCCUCGGACUUCUCAGACAAUGCCCGCGAAGGUGAAAUCAUAGAUCAGGUAUCCGUCGAGGACGACAACGAGCCCAAGACAAGAUGGCAGAAGCUCGUCAAGUUUCUCGAAGUGCAGCCAAAGGGCGACAUGACGGCAGCGCAGAUGUUUCUUUACAACCACGAUUUGAGACCAGUUGAAGAAGCAAGGAGACAAUGGUCGUGGUACAAUUACGUUUACUUUUGGAUCGCAGACAGUUUCAACAUCUCAACGUGGCAGAUUGCUUCGACGGGAAUGCAGGCUCCUUCCAACAUGAACUGGUGGCAGACGUGGUUGUCGGUGUGGUUGGGGUACUUGCUCGCGGGUAUCUUCGUUUCCAUCGCAAGUAGAGUCGGUAUCAUGUACCACAUUUCGUUUCCAGUGGCAGUUAGAUCCUCGUUUGGAAUCUACGGCUCGUUGUGGCCGGUGAUCAACCGUGUUGUCAUGUCGUGCAUCUGGUUCGCCGUGCAGACUGCCAUUGCCGGACCAACCAUCUCGCUCAUGUUGCACAGUAUAUUCGGCAAGAACUUGCCGCAGAGAAUCGGCGACACCAUUUCAGACCCCGACUUGACCACCUAUCAAUUCUUGGGUAUUUUCUUGUUUUGGUUGUUCCAGUUGCCCUUUAUUUGGUUCCCUCCUCACAAGAUUAGACACUUGUUCACCGUCAAGGCCUACGUUUCGCCAAUUGCCGGCUUUGGUUUCCUCAUUUGGACCUUGAUCAAGUGCGAUGGACUCGGAAGCUCCAUGCACAAGAAAUCGGGCUUGCAAGGGGGUCCAUUGGCAUGGGCUUUUGUCGAGUCAACCAUGAAUGCCUUGGCCAACUUUGCCACCUUGAUUACAAACUCGCCCGAUUUCUCGCGUUUUGCCAAAAAGCCUUCCUUUAGCAUGAAGUACUUGGUCUACACCAUCUCCAUCCCAUUCUGUUUUUCCAUCACUUCCUUGAUUGGUAUCUUGGUUACUUCGGCAGCUGAAAACAAGUAUGGGGUCACCUACUGGUCGCCAUUGGAUGUCUUGGAGAGAUUUUUGGAGAAUUACACCUCGGGUAACCGUGCUGGUGUCUUUUUGCUCUCGGCUUCGUUUGCCCUUGCCCAAUUGGGAACCAACAUUUCAGCCAACUCGAUCUCAUUUGGUACCGAUGCCUCGGCCAUCUUGCCCAGGUUCCUCAACAUUAGAAGAGGUGGAUACAUCUGUGCAUUCCUUGCCUUGGCCAUUUGCCCUUGGAAGUUGAUUUCGUCCUCGUCAAGAUUCACCACCUACCUUUCCGCUUACUCGGUCUUCUUGUCGUCGAUUGCCGGCGUUAUCGCUGCCGACUAUUACUACGUCAAACGCGGAUACUUGCUCUUGCCCGAGCUUUACUCAGCCACCAAGCCGUCGGAUCCUUCCGAGAGAUCAAUUUACGCAUUCAGCAAGAUUGGAUGCAACUGGAGAGCGUAUGCUGCUUACAUUUGCGGUAUCUUGCCCAACAUUGUCGGUUUUGUUGGUGCUACUGGUACUCACAAAGUGCCAAUUGGCGCCACUGAAGUGUACAGAUUGAAUUUCUUCAUGGGCUUCUUCAGCGCAUUCUUGGUUUACUCCAUCCUUUGCUACUUUUCACCAAUCGGUAUCGGUAUGGAGCCAACUAAGCCAUUUGAAAAAGGCUGGCAUGAACAAUACGCCGAUGUUGAAAUGUUUGAACAAGAGUUGGCUGGUCAUGAAGUCCACCAUGGUGUGGAGAGGUUUGAUCAGAACGAUGUCAGUUUGACUUUUUCUAGAUCUCCAAGCGAAAAGCAGCAUAUGAUGAUUGUAUAA